AUGUAGAGCGAAGUUAAUAUUCAACAAACAUCUCUUUCUGCAGAGGAGAUUGUACUUAUAGUUGAUGAAAAUAAUGUCCCUAUUGGUCGAGCUACUAGAAGAGAAGUGAGAGAAAAGAAUUUAUGGCAUAGAGCAAGUUACAUCUUUGUAUAUAACUCUAAAGGAUAAUUUUAUGUGCAAAAGAGAUCAAUAAGAAAAGAUUAUUGCCCUGGUUACUUUGAUUUGGCUAAUGGAGGUGUGAUGGGAGCAGAUGAAACAGACAUUGAAAAUGCUCAAAGAGAAUUGGAGGAAGAAAUAGGACUUAAAGAUGUUGAGUUGAAGCUGUUGUUCAAUUGCAAGUACAGAGAUGCAGGAAAUGGAGUUUGGGGAAAUGUUUUUGGAGUUUAGUACGAUAUUGACUUGAAAGAUAUGAAGUUGUAGGAAGAGGAAGUAGAGUAUAUAGUUCUAUUGACUCGUGAGGAAAUACUAAGUAAAAUUUAGGAAGGAGAAAAGUUUACUCCUGAUAGCAUCAUGGCUUUCAAGUAGUUCAUUGAACUAGAAGAAAUUAAAGAAUAUCUUGACAAAGCAUACAGUUAAUGA